AUGUCUUGCACUGCUGAGAAGGAGGCCCCGUCCAUUGGACUCGAUGCGACACUUAGCGACGAAGUAAUUGAGUACACGCCUUUCUUUUACAUGCCAAAUCUUGAGGAUGUUCAGAUGUACAACAAGGGGGGAUACCACCCAGUCCACAUUGGCGACAUCCUUGAUGGCCGUUUCGAAGUUGUCCACAAGCUUGGCAGUGGCGGUUUUGGAAUCGUUUGGCUUUGUCGCGAUACUUUACUGAACAAAUGGAGGGCAGUCAAGAUAAUGACUGCCGACCAUUCUGCUAAAGGCACGGAAGAAAAAAUAUUCAGUUAUCUACGACGUCAUUGUUCCCCGGCAGAGCUCGAGAGAAAUCACAUACUACUACCUUUGGAACAAUUCUCGCUUUUGGGGCCUAAUGGCCGUCAUUUAUGCUUCGUAAUGCCGGUUCUUGGCUGGACAAUUUCGAGCUGGCGUCUGCUGCGAAAAGACUACGAAGAACAGACUCAUGAUGACACAAGAAGCGUAUGCCGACAGAUCAUUGAGUCUAUGCAUUUUCUCCAUAGUCACGGAAUAUGUCACGGAGACUUCAAACCAGGCAAUAUCCUCAUGGAAGUUGAAGGUAUUGAUGAUCUAGAUCGUGAUGAAAUUCUAAGUCUUAUGGGAGCUCCGGAAUGUUACGAUGUUGAGACCGAGUCUGGCCAGCCCCUGACACCUAGGGCCCCAAAAUAUUGUGUGACAUCUGCAAACGAAUUCUGGUGUGAGAAAUUAACAACGAAUUCCAUCGCAAUCAUCGAUUUCGGAGAAUCAUUCUUCACAGCAACUCCUCCUAUAUCAACGGGCAUUCCGGAACUGUAUGCAGCCCCUGAAGUCCUGCUUCAAGGUUAUGGGACCUUAGGACCACAUAGCGACAUAUGGUCAUUGGCAUGCACCUUAUUCGAAGUUCGAACGGGUUCGCCGCUGUUCGGGGAUGUGGUGAGUGGUGGGUACAGCAACGUGACCAGUAAAUUCGAGUUAUUCUUGGGACCGCUACCACCCUCGCGAUAUCAAACGUCGUCCGGGGAUAUGAGAGGCUCUACAGUCAAAAACGAGCUGCAAUCCGAUACUCCGGGGCCAGAUGAAUUCGCAGAGGACAGGGCUGAGUUGAUUGAAGGAUCUGGCUAUUCAGAUAUAUUCGAGGCGCUACUUGGAGCUGAGCAGACUGCAUAUCUCAAUGUUCAUAUAGCUGAGAAUGUAGAAGCCAUUAAGUAUCGAUAUCCUGAAGAAGAUGUACUGGGCUUAGCCGAUCUUUUGAGGAGGAUGCUGAAGUAUGACCCAGAAGAUCGUAUCACUAUGGAGACAGUCAUAUCGCAUCCUUGGGUUGGAAAAACGCGUAAGGGCAAUGCUGGCACAGAUUCGGGGAGGCAACGAGAAACGCCUAAGCUUUACCUUUACCUUAGCAUAUUUAAUAAGAGGAUAUUGUGUUAA